AGCUGCCGGAGAACUGGACAGACACUCGGGAGACACUGCUCGAGGGGAUGCUCUUCAGCCUCAAGUACCUGGGCAUGACGCUGGUGGAGCAGCCCAAGGGCGAGGAGCUGUCCGCGGCCGCCGUCAAGAGGAUCGUGGCCACGGCCAAGGCCAGCGGGAAGAAGCUGCAGAAGGUAACUCUCAAGGUAACGCCACGGGGGAUUAUCCUGACCGACAGCAUCACCAACCAGCUCAUUGAGAACGUGUCCAUUUACAGGAUCUCCUACUGUACAGCGGACAAGAUGCAUGGCAAGGUGUUUGCAUAUAUCGCACAGAGCCAGCAUAACGAGAAUCUCGAGUGCCACGCCUUCCUCUGCACCAAGCGGAAAAUGGCCCAGGCUGUCACCCUCACAGUUGCUCAGGCCUUCAAAGUUGCCUUUGAGUUCUGGCAAGUGUCCAAGGAAGAGAAGGAGAAGAGGGAGAAAGCCAGCCAAGAGGGAGGGGACGUCCUGGGCGGGGGCCGCCUCGACAGCACGCCCUUGUCGAAGAACCCGGUUGCCACAGGGAACCUGCUGGACUUAGAAGAGAUGACCAAGGCCCCGCUGUCCACAGUCAGCGCCAACACCACUAACGCGGAUGAGGCCCCACGACCUCAAGCCUUGAACAACAGCGGUGUUGUCUGGGAGCUGGAUGACGGCCUGGACGAAGCAUUUUCAAGGCUUGCCCAAUCUCGGACGAACCCUCAGGUCCUGGACACUGGACUGACCGCACAGGACAUCCAUUACGCCCAAUGCCUCUCGCCUGUCGACUGGGACCAGCCUGACACCAGCAGCGCUGAGCAGGACGACCUCUUCAGUUUCUGAGGGCCCAGGGCUGGUGGGACAUGUGACCAAAACCACCUGUGGUUGGGGUGGGGCAGCCCCAGGACCUCCAGCCACCCUUUUCCGGCUGGCGGCACUGUCAGCCUGCAGAUCAAAGCUGCAGCCAGUCAAGCAAAGGGAAGGAGAGGUUUUUUUUACCCUGCUCUUUCUCUAAGAACUGAAAGAUGCCUUGAAUAUUUAUUCAGUGACUUCUGGUUCAAUCAGCUCGGAGGCUGGUUCUGUGUCAGGCACAAGCGCAAUGUUAGAACCAGCUUCCUGCCUUCUCUUGAGUAAGCUCUGCUCUGCUGUGCGUGUCAAGAUGGUCACCAAAGCAUUUCUUGUCCCUUCUCUCAAAGGACCCAGAUUUCCCUGGAGGCAGCCCUGCUCCUCACUGAAGGUAGUCGGAGCGUUCAUUUCUAUCUUCUUGAGAGCACAGGAGGGCACCGCAGCCUCAGGAGAGGGCUGUGGCCUCCAGCUCGCCUGACGCAGGGGCCCCAGCAGGCCCGGGCUUUAGCCCCUGGACCUGGGGAUUCUUAGAGACAGAGGGCCAGCCCCUGACCAAAGAUAACCCAGAGCUGGCACUUUAAAGCACACACAGCAGGUGUGGCUCCUGGGGGCUCCUCAAUGGUGCUGUAGUGCAGAGCUUUCUGCCCUUCUACAAGAAGGGGCCCAAAGUCCCUGUGGAUGGUCCUGUCACAUGCUCAGAACCAGUGUAACUGGCCGCCCACAGACUCCCAGAGUCUGACUGCAACAGUGAGGGUCAUCUCUGCGUGACUGCCCUCCAUCAGGGCACCCCACCCUACCCCUGUCCCCCAGACGCAUGAGCUUGUGCUCAUGCUUCCUUUUCGUCUGUGUCUGUGUAUGAGAGUGUCCCUGAGCCCCACCUCCCGUACUUCCUGGGGGAAUGUAUGAAACCUCACACCCGGAUUCAGGUAAGACUGUUUUGUUACCCUUUUACAGAUGAGAAAACUGAGGCCACCCGUGUGGAAGGGGUAGAGUCUGGGGUAGAUCUCAGACCCGGUGCCAAAGCUGCCUUCUCACCUGUGCCUCGCACGGCUCACACCUCCUUUUUUUUCGAGCUUUGUUGUCCUCCCAGGAACCAAAAACCCCAGCUAUUUUCUAACCAAAAUGUGUUUCGUAACAAACCAUCUGGUGCCUUUCCACACAGAACUGGCAUGAGCCUCCGUGCCCUGCUAGCUGUCUCAUCGCUGUUGAUUUCUGUGAAAAUGGAAGUGUUUGAAGUCUGUUAAUUCAGAGGGUGAAACAAAACCAAACUCUGUAAGCGUUGUGCUGUUCUUUCCUGACACUCGACCCUGGGUCGGGACACACCAGCAGCAGUCUGUAUUCAGGGUCUCCCUUCCUUCCUUCGCCUUCACCCCCACAAGGCCCCUCAUAUCCUGAAACCCAGCAAAGCUGCCAGCACCAUCUCCUUCCUGAGGUGCCUCCCGGGCCUGGUUUUGCUGACCUUAAGUCAGCUACUGAUGGUAUUUGGAGCAGGUUUCACCAGCCCAGGAGAAAUACCAUUGCUCAGAAUCUACUGAUCUAACUAAGCACCUGAACCGAAACACAAAGACAGAAGUGCCUAGGUGAAGGGUGGAGUGGGAUUUGUAGGGUCUGUAUCAGAAUAUAAGCAUAACUUCUUUUCUGUGCCCAGUUCCUUCACCUCUGCUCCCCACCCCAGACCUUGCUAUUGGCCCCUGUAUUUGUCAUGAAGCAGCAAGGAUUGGGCCUGACACGAGCCAGCUCUGGCGCCAGGGUCCAGGAGUCCUGAGAAAGACCUUGUAGUGUUUGCAUGAGUUGGACUGUGGCCUUUGUCUUGAUCUCUGGCCACCAGCAGUCAUUGUGCUCCCUGUGUGUCUGCAGAUCAGUCUCGUGCUCUUCUUUGUGUUGCUGUAAAGACAUUUCCAAUGAGGAAAAGAACAAGUAAUAAACAUUCUCUUUUUGAAAUACAAA